AUGGGAGUCGCAGCUGGUCCGUUGUGCGUGAUGGCUAUGGACGACUUUGGCUUCUUCUCGGAAGGAUCCAGCUCGGCGGCAGCCGCUGCUUCGCAUGCUCAGGCGAGCGGUUCGAAAGCGCAAGCAUACCCGCUGCAAGGCUCUAGCCACCAUGGCUACUCCCAGUACGACGAAUCGUAUCAGUCACGAAGUUCGGCGCCGUUACAGCAGCAGCAGCAUGACUUUCACUACCAGCGCAGCUUCGAACAGCAGCAACACUACGACUACCAGAACCAUGGUCACAGAGUACCACACUCGCAGUCAGGUGGCAGCCAAAACGCACGCUCUCGCUCGGACAGCAUUAAUGCGAACAGCCAGAGCUCAGGGGGACCCGCCAAGCGAGGAUCCAACCUCGCAUGUCUCAAGUGUCGCGCCAUCAAGGUCAAAUGCUGGAAGAGCAAUCCGAACGACCCUCGGUGUGCCAGAUGCAACCGACUCGAUCUCUUCUGCGAGUUCCGCGAGCAUCAUCGCGGCAAGAAGCUCGAAAAGGUCAUCGCAGACGAGAAUCGCAACGUCGUGCUGACCCCAGAGAUGCUGAGGCGGGCACGUCACAGCUUGCUACGCUGUACCAGCUAUCCCCUCAGUGUCGAUCUGGCAGCAGCGGCGACAGCAGAUGGCGCCGGAGAUGCAGCAUACCUGGCGAUGCCGGCAACGGCCUCUGCCCAGUCCUAUUCAGCGAUGGUCGCCAAUCAGACCUACGUGGCAGCAGGUAUGGCAUCUUCGGGCUCGCUCAGCCCAGUCAGCUCCGUCGCACCUGCCUCGAGUGUUUACGACGAUGUGGUGCGUAUCAACGCAUGUAGCUGGGCAGAUGCCUGCUACCUCUUUGGCCUCUUCAUGACGCAGCUCAAUCCCAUCGCAGCACUGCUCGAGCCAAGCCUGCACACAGUUCAGUACGUGCGUGAACAGUCUCCCAUCCUCUUCUCUACCAUUCUCGGCAUCUCGAGCCGCUUCUUCCGACCCGACCUUCUUCCACAAUGCCAAUCAGCAGCGGCGGCCAUUCUCAAGCAUGCGUCCAGUCGUCCACUUUGCAGCGUCGACCACAUUCAGGCUCUCGUGGUCACCGCCAUCUGGGCUGCUCCAGGUGACCCAUCCACCACCGAGACCAUCGCCUCUGCCGUCGCGUAUGCGUACGAGCUAGGACUUCCGUUCUGUUUCGAGACUGGCAUGAGCGUCGCCUCCGCCACCAACCCAUACGCGCCCACUCUGCCGCCGCAUCUCCUGCAAGGCAGUCAUCAGACCACCAUCCUACGCAUGCAGCAGCGCACCUGGAUUCAACUCUGCCUUCUCGAACUGAGCCAGCAGAGCGACUCGCGGCGCAACACAAUGCACAGGCGACCCGACCUCAUCAUGCAAAACGACCUUCCCAACGUCCGAGCCUGGUACGAACUCAAUCACUCGACCAUGUCCGCCUAUGACACCCGUCUUGCCUAUCAGCUCGACCUCGCUCUCUCGCAGAGGAGCUUCAACCGUCUCGCAGCUUCGAUUCGUACCGGCGCUUCUCCGCCUUCCGAGGGUGAGCUGAGCCGCAGCUUCGAUGCGCUCCUGAAGCAGGAGCGAGACUGUUUCUCGACCUGGUUCAAUUCGUACGGCGAAGAGUACGUGGCUCGCUACGGUAUGGAUCGCUACAGCAACGCCGAAGCCGGUUUUGUCUUGCUGCUGUACCGCUUUGGUCGAGCGCUGCAGCUCUACUCGGCUGCCUGCUCGAAUUCGGCUGGCUACGGCAUGAUUUCGCAGCUGCGCGAUCGCUGGUUCGCCACUGCCACCGAGCUAGCAUUCAAGGUGCUCGACUUCCUGAUCGCCAAGGUGCUCGAUAAGGACGCCACGCCAUCGUCCAUGCUUCGUUUCAGCCCGCAGUACAUGGCGUCUGGCUGUCUCUCAGCCGCUCGAUGGCUCCUGCCUGCCGAUUCUCACCAGCAGGCGCAGGGUCGCCAUUCGAGUUCGACAAAGGAAGGCGCUCGAGAGCGUCUAAGCGAGAUCAUCCGGCUGCUCGCGCUGCCGCAGUUCUAUCCGGACGGCAACCGCGUGCCGACCUCGAGCGAGAUCAUCGGACAGCUCGAUCAGGCGCUUCGGUCCUUGAUGGGCGAUGCGGGCAUGCUGAUCGCCUACGGUGGUACCAGUCCGAAGCGAGCACGCGCUCAGGAGGGCGACGAAGCGAAUUCGUAUUCAGCUGCCAAGCCCGGCAAGGACGGCUACAACAGAGACGAGGGUCAGGGCCGCAAGCAGCGCAGGCGCACAUCGAACGCCUCGCUGGCUCGCAUCGAGCUCGGCGCUGUCGGCAGUCGAGGCUUGACCACGGCUGGAUCGGCUGGAUCGGAUCGUGUUGGCUCCGAGUGGUCACCGCAUCUAACGGCAGACCGAUGGAAUGCUGGAUCCCAGGACGGCACAGGUCUGAACGUGGAUUCUCACUGGCCUUCGUCACUGCUGAGUAUGUCCGGCACCGCCUCAACGAGUGCUCAGAAUGGAGCUGGGUCGUGGACGCCCCGAUCCGAAGGCGCUUUGUCCAACGUCGCCUUGGUGUCGUCCUCCAUCUCACCACCCGCCUCUGCCAGCUCCGCCGUCUUCUCCGUCUCGUCAACAGCCCUUCCGGACCACGUGGAUCUUGGCCUUGGCGCCAUCGCCAACGGGCCGUACGGCUAUGCUGGCUCAACAUCGUCCAUAUCGACCCCGUCUCUGCCUCUGCCCGCCUCGGCCGGCGCACACAACCAGCAGGCACGAAGCUACGACCGCGCCUACGUGCCGUCUCACUUCAUCAACCAGGCAUACCCUGCCAGCAACGUGCUGUUCCAAGGCGAGCCGGGCUUGUCCAACGGUGGAGUGGGCCAGUAUCAGGACGCAGGUGCGCUUUCGUCUUUUCCGUUGGCGAGGGACAACACGGCCACGCAGCAGUACAGCGGGGCGACCCACAGUCGGUACGCGGACAACGCGCUGCCCUCGUCUGCCGAUUUGGACGCCUCGCUCUCGAUUGGCCUCGCGCCCAGCUAUGGCAGCUCAAACGAUGGACCUCACUAG